CAAGCCUGCUCCAGCUAUAUCCUCUCAUGUUACAUUAUGCCUGCACUGACAUCACUCAGUGGAUACUUCCCAUAUGAUAAAAACCACCUUUGAGCCUCUGUGGAAAACGAGAGCCACUGUAGUACAAUUUAUCUUUUUGCAUUAUAGAUAAUGAUCAAUUGAUGAAAGAGAUAUUGUUGUUACAAGAGAAUGAAUGCUCACCUGUCAGACAUGCGUUGGUGUUUUUCACGGGUGUGGCUUGUCUUGACCUCUUUAUUCAGUGUAACUGGACUGGCCCAAUACCUUCACUUGCUUCAGUGCUGCCACAGUCUGGGCAAGAAUGCUCUAAUCAACAGAUUAUAGCAAGACUCAGUCAAGAUGGAGAGUCCUUUACCAAUCCUUUGAUGGAUGCCCCCCUGCUUUUCUUGACUGCCAAAGCAAUCUUAGUUGAAUGUGAAGAAUCCUUGACUGUCUGCCAGUCUACUUGUAUCUGGGCCUUGAGGUGUCUAACAAUACAGAGACAACUCUUAGAUGAACAAAAUGAGCUGAUGAAGAAUAAAAUAUUCCAUUUAAUGGACAAAGUUCAAGAGAGGACAACUUUUCUUUCUGUUGAAAGAAACAGGAGUGUCGCAACCCAGAUCCACCUUGAACUGGGAUAUUUAUAUCUUUACUACUAUGACACCACAAAAGCCAGGGAACAUUUCACUGUGGCUCAGUCCAACUUAGGCUUACAAGUUGAAAUCACAGGUGCUCUUGGAAAGAGAACAAAAUUUCAAGAAAAUGAUUUUGCUCAGCCAGUAUUAUUGGUUCAAAGAGAAGGAACCAUCAAUGGAAUUCCAACAGGUAGGGCAGUAACAAAUUUGUUUCCAUCGAUCUGAAAGCAAUUUAUUGUUCAUAGAUCAGUGGGUAGCAUUGUGCUUGACAGAGAACUUUUAAAAACCUGUUUCUUUGUCAGGUUCCACAUGUUAAUAUCUGUAGCUGUACUAUUAUUUCUAGCUUUAGACUUCUUGCUGAAGAGAGAGAGACAGCAUAAACUUUUUUCACAUUUAUACAGACACUAGCUGCUGUUGAACCCAGAGCUUUAAUUCAGAGUCAUGGAUUUUUGGCUCAUGUAGAUAACUAUAGUUAAAAACUUCUACUCAUCAGAUAAUUGACUUUGCCUCUUGCAUGAAACUUUUGUAUCAGAAGAGGUGGAUAGUCCUCAGUAU